AUGACAUCGACGGGGAAGGACGGCGGCGGGGCGCAGCACGCGCAGUAUGUGGGGCCCUACCGGCUGGAGAAGACGCUGGGCAAGGGGCAGACAGGCCUUGUGAAGCUGGGGAUUCACUGCGUCACGUGCCAGAAGGUGGCCAUCAAGAUCGUCAACCGGGAGAAGCUCAGUGAGUCGGUGCUGAUGAAGGUGGAGCGGGAGAUUGCCAUCCUGAAGCUCAUCGAGCACCCACACGUCCUGAAGCUGCAUGACGUCUACGAAAACAAAAAAUAUUUAUACUUGGUGCUAGAGCAUGUGUCUGGCGGGGAGCUGUUUGACUACUUGGUGAAGAAGGGGAGGCUGACCCCCAAGGAGGCCCGCAAGUUCUUCCGGCAGAUCAUCUCGGCUCUGGACUUCUGCCACAGUCACUCCAUAUGCCACAGGGACCUGAAGCCGGAAAACCUGCUGCUGGACGAGAAGAACAACAUCCGCAUCGCGGACUUCGGCAUGGCGUCCCUGCAGGUGGGGGACAGUCUGCUGGAAACCAGCUGUGGGUCACCACACUACGCCUGCCCAGAAGUCAUCCGGGGAGAGAAGUAUGAUGGCCGCAAGGCAGAUGUGUGGAGCUGUGGAGUUAUCCUGUUUGCCUUGCUGGUGGGGGCGCUGCCAUUCGAUGACGACAACCUGCGGCAGCUGCUGGAGAAGGUCAAGCGCGGCGUGUUCCACAUGCCCCACUUCAUCCCGCCCGACUGCCAGAGCCUGCUGCGCGGCAUGAUCGAGGUGGACGCGGCGCGGCGCCUCACGCUAGAACACAUUCAGAAACACAUAUGGUAUAUAGGAGGCAAGAACGAGCCCGAGCCCGAGCAGCCCAUCCCCCGCAAGGUGCAGAUCCGCUCGCUGCCCAGCCUAGAGGACAUCGACCCCGAUGUGCUGGACAGCAUGCACUCGCUGGGCUGCUUCCGAGACCGCAACAAGCUGCUCCAGGACCUGCUUUCCGAGGAGGAGAACCAGGAGAAGAUGAUCUAUUUCCUCCUCCUGGACCGGAAAGAGAGGUACCCCAGCCACGAGGACGAGGACCUCCCCCCCCGGAACGAGAUAGACCCCCCCCGGAAGCGCGUGGACUCCCCGAUGCUGAACCGGCACGGCAAGAGGAGACCGGAGCGCAAGUCCAUGGAGGUGCUCAGCGUGACAGAUGGGGGCUCCCCGGUACCCGCUCGGAGGGCCAUCGAGAUGGCCCAGCACGGCCAGAGGUCCCGGUCCAUCAGCGGCGCCUCCUCCGGCCUCUCCACGAGCCCUCUCAGCAGCCCUCGGGUGACCCCUCACCCCUCACCCAGGGGUAGCCCCCUCCCUACCCCCAAGGGGACGCCCGUCCACACGCCAAAGGAGAGCCCGGCGGGCACGCCCAACCCCACGCCGCCGUCCAGCCCCAGCGUCGGAGGGGUGCCCUGGCGGACCCGGCUCAACUCCAUCAAGAACAGCUUCCUGGGCUCGCCUCGUUUCCACCGCCGGAAACUGCAAGUUCCAACGCCCGAGGAAAUGUCCAACCUGACCCCCGAGUCCUCUCCAGAGCUGGCCAAGAAGUCCUGGUUUGGGAACUUCAUCAACCUGGAGAAGGAAGAGCAGAUCUUUGCAGUCAUCAAGGACAAGCCCCUGAGCUCCAUCAAGGCUGACAUCGUGCACGCCUUUCUAUCGAUCCCCAGCCUCAGCCACAGUGUCAUCUCCCAGACGAGCUUCCGGGCCGAGUACAAGGCCACCGGGGGCCCGGCCGUGUUCCAGAAGCCAGUCAAGUUCCAGGUGGACAUCACCUACACUGAGGGCGGCGAGGCCCAGAAGGAGAAUGGCAUCUACUCCGUCACCUUCACGCUGCUCUCCGGCCCCAGCCGCCGCUUCAAGAGGGUGGUGGAGACCAUCCAGGCCCAGCUGCUGAGCACCCACGACCAGCCCUCCGCCCAGCACUUGUCAGACACCACUAACUGUAUGGAGAUGAUGACGGGGCGGCUUUCCAAAUGUGGCAGCCCAUUGAGUAACUUCUUUGACGUAAUUAAACAACUUUUUUCAGACGAGAAGAACGGGCAGGCGGCCCAGGCCCCCAGCGCACCGGCCAAGCGGAGUGCCCACGGCCCCUCGGGCGACUCCGCGGCCGCCGGCCCCGGACGGGACACCGAGGGCCCGGGGGGCAAGGACGUGGCCGGGACGGGGCCGCCCGCCGCCCGCCGCGAGCAGCCUUAG